AUGAUAGAAUAUGAUGGCAUAUUCGUCAGACGCAGGAACCUACCAGGUCCAGCUGAUUUCUUGCUUGUUCCAGCAGGAAAGACUGUUUCAGCAGCUUAUGAUGUUUCUACUGGAUAUGACAUGAGUGAAGGCGGAACCUACAAUGUGGCAGUAGACACGUAUAUAGAAUUUGUAGAGGGUAGCGUUAACAAGGGUAUCAAUGAACUUGGGAAUUCAGCCAUGCACUUAAAAACAUAUCAUUUGUCUUCUAAGGCUGUAGUGUUUAAAGUCACUGAAAAUCGGUUUAGGAAAACUCUCGGACAACAAGCACGUUUUUUAGAAAAAAAAGAUAGACUUACUGCUAUUAUUUUCUCUAACAGAAAAGCACAGGAAAACGGAAAGCUUGGUUAUAAACGUAGCCAAGAUGUAAAUAUUCCGCGUGAUCCUAUAAUCAAAGGGGGAACUGAGCAACAAAGGGAAGAGUUAUUAGAAGUUCACCGUGCCUCAUAUCAUUACGUAGUGGCGGCCAUUACUGAUCUUAAUAACAGCCCCGAAAGAGUAAAAAAGUGGUUUGAAUCUGCACGCAGCGAUGAGGCCGACAGGGUCUUUAAAGUGAUAAAGAAUUCAUUAGAAAAUGACGUUUUCACUUACAAUUUUAACUGUAAACCUGAGUAUAGAUUAGCUUAUGCGUACACGUAUUUCAACUCGCAUUUAAUUUUUAUUUGUCCAGCUUAUCUCCCUCAAGGAAUAUUUUCAGGGUCCGAAAAUAAAGUAGGUACCAUUGUACAUGAAAUAGCCCAUGCAAGAGUUUCGAAACGUGACAUAAUUUUUGGUCGUUGGGGCUGUAAAAACCUGGCUAGGGAUGAGCCAUAUAAAGCUCUUAACAACGCUGAUAAUUACCCAUAUUUUGUGGAAACGCUGUACCCUUUCAACAGCGGAGUAGACGCAGCGACCACAACGCCAGAUGGUUCUACAUAUUUGUUUAAAGGAAACUUUUUGUCAGAUUUAAAGAUAAUGUUUCUAGCUUUUCGCCUCGUUGGCCAGUUUUGUUUAAAGAGCGCUUUGGAAAUUUGCCUGCCAAGUUCGGUCAAGGAUUUGACAGUUUUCUUUGUCUAA